AUGGACGGUGUUCCCAGAAGCCUGGGCGGCUCAGAGAGGGGGCAGCAGACCACCUGCACCCAGCCUACCCUGCUCAGGUGGAAGUCUGUCUUAGAAUCGGAAUCAAGGAGGUUCCGGAGCCCCGAGGAGGGUGUGGGGCUCGGCCAGCCCCUGUUCGGGAGGCCCCGCACGGAGGCGCCGGAUUCCAAGGCGCUAGCCCACCUCGUGUCCCAAGCCGGCCAGGCCACUUACAUCGAGCCCAGUGUGCCCAUCCGUGCUCUCCCGCGCGGUCCUCCCGGCACGUUCCCGCCCACGGAACGCCAUGGCCCUGAGUUCGAGGUGCCAGGGCUCAGCGGGCGCCGGGACCAGCCUCUGAUUGGCUUCGCCGAGUCUGACGUCACCACCUCGUUCCCCCACCGGCUCCGCCCCUCCCCCUUCCCGGGUUGA